AUGGAGAUACAGCGGCAUUCUGAAUUGGGAAAUGAUUCAAACGAAAUGCCAUCACCAGGAGGAUUUAAUCUUCGUCUAACAGUACCCAAGAAACAUUAUUCAGUGCAACGAAACGAUUCACUCCAAUUUAUCAUUACACCUGUUUUCGACAAGGCGAUGAUGCAGAAGAAGACACCAAGUUCACCAGGUACGGUGCUUACUGUUGCCGGAUUGUUUGUCGUUGGCAUAACACUUGUUCUAAGCGGAGUUAUUGUGUUAUGUCAGCAAUCAGAGCAACCUUUUCGUAUUUGCGGAAGUUUGUUCAUUGGCUUCGGUGUAUCAAUGCUGCUAAUUUGUGCUCUGCUGCAACGUAAAAAUAUCAUCAAAUUUAUUGAGGACCUCAAUCAAGACUUGUAUUUCUUCUCUAUGAGUGAUAGCUAUAUGUGGAAAUUGAUUUUGCAAUCGUCAGAAGAAAAAGAACGACAUGAGGAGGUGAUCAUUGAAACAAAUAAUGAAGGCUUGGGAAUGCGUGUCGAUGAAAAUUUACACGUGAUUGAGAUAACUAAGCAAGGUCCUUGUGAUGGUAAAUUAUUGCCUGGGGAUCACAUUAUCCAAAUCGGAGAUCGUACAGUUCAAACAGUUGAUGAGGCUAGAGAAGCAAUUGAAGCAGCUGGUGUAUCAAUUCGAAUUGUAUUCGAUCGUGGGCUGCAAAGUACGACUCAGGAUAAUAUUCCGGAACAAUAUGAAAGUUUAUUUAAACGUCGCGAAGGCUUCACAUAUCACUAUGUUCAAAUUAAUUAUGUCAAAGGGUGUAAAUUUGGCCUUGGCAUUAAGCAUUUCCAGAACAAUGUAAUCGUGUCACGUAUUGAUCCAGGCUCAUUAGCAGCACAGUCACUUCAGGAGAAAGAUCACAUCAUUGAUAUCAAUGGUAUAAAAGUAACUGAUAAAGAAGUUGCGAGAAGUUUGCUUGUCCGAGCUCUUAAGAAGAAGAAUUUUGUUAGCAUGUGCAUCGAACGUCCGGUUUCCGGAAAAGCGAAAGAAUGGGCGGAUGAUGCCAUGAACGCAUCUCAAAUGCAACCUCCAUCAGUUGCAAUGGCGUCUGAUGUUCAGGAAAUAGCAGCCCGUCAGCAACAAAAAAUGAUGGAAGCAAUGGACACUAAGAAGCCUGGAAUAAUGAAAAAAAAUAUCAAUAAAGGAGGAGGAUCUGACCAUGCAAGGAUUGUGAAAAUUGCACCAGGCGAAAGACAAGAUGUGAUAAUAGCAAGUGAUAAUGAGGGGAAACAGUUGAGACGCGUGAAGGAAUGA